AUGGAAGUAAUCGUGCAUAGAGGUAUAUACGACGUAGCUAAGGUGGUUUACGAACACAUGUUGCCUCUAGUACACGAGCACCUUCAACACCAUGGCAAUCGUUCAACAAUACGUUUGACAGGGCAUUCGCUAGGAGGAAGCUUAUCUUUGUUAAUAAAUCUCAUGUUGUUGAUAAGAGGACAAGUCCCUCGCUAUUCGUUACUACCUGUAAUUACGUUUGGAGCACCAUGGGUUAUGUGUGGUGGUGAUCGUCUUCUUAACAUGCUUGGAUUACCAAGAAAUCAUCUCCAAGGAAUCACCGUUCAUCGGGACAUUGUGCCCCGGGCCUUUUCUUGCAACUAUUCCACUCGAGUGGGUGACCUCCUUAAGGCUGUAAAUGGGAACUUUCGGAAUCACCCUUGCCUUAAUAACCAGAAUAUGUUGUAUGCUCCAAUGGGAGAGUUUUUGAUUCUUCAACCGGAUGCAAAACUAUCUCCAAACCAUGAGCUACUUCCUCCGGGUAGUGGUUUGUACGUUUUAAGGUCUCAAGCAUCAAACACUGACGUAGCAAAGAAACAAACGAGAGCUGCGCAAUCUCUUUUCUUAAACACACCACAUCCUCUAGAGAUUUUAAGUGACCGAUGCGCAUAUGGUUCAGAUGGAGCCAUAUUGCGUGAUCACGAUGUUGAUACAUACCUAACAUCAAUUAGAAGCGUGAUUAGUCAAGAACUUAAACGCGUUAGAAGGAUGAGACGGCAACAAAGACAACAAUCUUGGUGGCAUAUGGUUAGGGUGAAUCAAAGUGAGGUCAAGUUGUGGGUGGAUGGUGGAAUAGAGUGGUUAAGGAUGGUGGUUGCUCCCCAAAAUAUGCAUUUGGUGAUGUUGCUUUUAGUCCCUUAUAUUAGAUUGUUGAUCAUAGAAGUAUGCAAUUGGAUUAAACGUGGUUAAUAUAUGU